CAGCAAACUCUUUAUUUCUUGACUUACUACUUGUGUUACACAGUAUCAUCUUUUAUUUCAGGAAUGUUUCCAUUGCUUCUGAUUUUCAAGAAAACUAUAUGCUAAAUGUAACCCACAUAUAUUUAUCUUUGCAGAACAGUUGACACAAGCCAGUUAAGUCGAGAUUACCCGUGGUGGCUUUCAUGGCAUCCACACAGAUGAUACAUAACUCUAACUGAUUAGAUGACAAUGUUAGCUAUCUCAACGCAUAAAUUUGUCAAGGCAAAGGCCGAUCCACUCCCAUAACCUGUCUGCAACACAGAGUACAGUGAAUGCCUAUGGUGGAGUAAGAACACAAAAUACCACCUAUAUCACUCAGGCGUACCUAGACAAGGGAAAGACUAGGUCAAGCCCACUCUUUCCAAUGGUACUAGUAAAGACUCAUCAGAAGAUACAACCUACUAGCAGUUCCUUUUAUCGCACAGAUCCCAUGUAACAGAACAAGCAGGAAAAUGGCAUACAACUGUUAAGUCUUGUACAGAAAAAGCUCCAUUUUAAAGACACUAUUCGCAAAGACUCUGGAUUCUAUGUUAAAUGUGGUUUCCUCUUUAAGUAUAAUAGUUAAAUACUGUGGUCACAUUAAAAGGAUUUUUAGGAGGUAGCAUGCUAAAAGUUUAAACUUUUCUCCCUUCAAAUUAGACUAUGAACAAUGUAUUUAAACAGAAAGUUAGAUUUAAUAGGAAGCAACAGAAAACAAGCAACCACUACACCAUCGUGCUACUUAACUGAGCAAUCCCUGUGAAAUUUAAGCCUAUGUCCUGUAUUAAAUUAACCACUGUGAUGUCAGUGGGAAUGUGGUGAGAUAUUGCAACCAACAGACUUUUGUCCUGUCAGAACCCUUCCCUACAAAGGAAAACCAAAUGCAGUGUGGUAAGAGCUGUGACAGUGCCAGCAAACAGGGCGCUGCCCUGCCGAGCACGACACAAGGAUGCUUCGCUUCCCCCUGGUUUUCCCGUAUCCCUGCGAUCUCAGUCACGCAACACACGAUAGACAUUGAGCGUACAGCAACCCUACGAUGAACCCUUCUCCAGUCAUCCUUCUGGUAAACACUGAACGCCUUUUAACAUCAACCCGGCCUCAUCCUUCUCCACCACCGCUCCUCUCGAGCCCCGCACGGGUAUUUGACAGCUCGGCGUGCGUGGCCGGGCUGCACUCCCCGCGCCUCCUCGAGGUGGCACCGCUGCGGCGGGCUCUUCUCCCAAGGGAUCCCAGCGGGGCCGUACCCGGCCGGGCCUCACGGUGCAGGCUGGGGCUCGCAGCGCGCCUGCGCCACCGCCGGCGCGCGCGGGGCGCCUCAGUAGAGUUCUACACGGCGCCGCCGGCGGGAACGGCGGCGCGGCGCUGACCAAUGGGGCGGCGCGGCGCCUGGCCGCCGCUGAGGUCAGUUCCGCUGCCCGUCGCCGUGGUGAGCGGAGGGCCGGGCCGAAGCAGCACUAGGAGCAGCAGCACUAGAAGCAGCAGCGGCAGCGGCGGGGGGCGCGGGCUCGCUGUCGCUGGGCUGGCGGGUGCUGCUGGCUCGUGGACGCCAUGAGAGUGCUGUGGAUUCGCCUGGACUCUAAAGCUGUUGUCCAGGUUUGGCGUCUGGGAUGUUUUUCUUGAAGAAGAGAAGCUUUCGGUGCUGCAAGUUGAUUGAAUAAAAUUAAGGACAUGGAAUAUAAUAUGGAUGCAGUUCCUUGAGCACCACUUCUUCCGAAGAGCAUAUUUUGCAGAUUGGUGGCCCAAAUGAGUAAUUGAUAAGCAGCAUACACAAGAGUAAUAUCAAGAAAACAUUGUCUGUUACUGCUCUGUUUGACAAGACUACUGCAGAGUUGCAUCUUCUCAAAUGCAAUUGAAGAAAAUGAGGGAAAUUUUACCAAGAUUGUACCCUGGCCAAGUUAAUGAUAAAAAUAAUUCCUUAACUACAUCCCCAAAGCAAUCUUCUGAAGAUAAAACAAAUCCAUCAAAAGGGGAUGAUGACCAGAACUGCCUGUACCAAGGGACUGAGGCUGAGAAUAAUAAGUUGUCACUGAUAAACUGUAUAAAAUGCAGAAAUGUUCAGAAAAUUUCAAUGCGAGAUAUAGAAAAGCAUAAGAAACUCGGAUGGACUGAAGACAAAAAUUUCAUAUGUAAGACAUGCAGUCAUAUUCCACCGCCUGCUUUCCAUUUUGUUCCUGAAGGUGCCAACGCUGUAGACUUUGAAAAGCAUGAAAAAAUAUCCUCAAGUAGAAAACAGAAAACAUUUAAAGUUAAAAACUUUCUGCCAGGUAAAUACUACUGUGAUAAGUGUAGAUUUUCAACACGGGAUCCUUUACAGUAUAAAAAGCAUAUAGGUCAACAUGAAGAAAUUAAAUUUAUUUGUUCCCAAUGUAAUUAUGUAUCUUACACUAAAGGUGAAUUCCAGAGACAUUUGGUGAAACACACUGGAACUUUUCCUUAUCAGUGUGAAUACUGUGAAUAUGGUGCCGUUAGACAUGACUAUAUAGUAAAACAUACAAGAAGAGUACAUGAAGCACCCACAAAACGGCCUUCAAAUACUACCAUAAACCACAAGCGAAAGAAGGCUUGCUUGCCAAGUAAAAGCACUUUAUUUGAAAAGCAGAAAUAUGAAGAAAUUCCUUUUCAAAGUGAACUUUCAAAUUCAUCUUCAAAUAUGAUUUGUGAGAUUCCAGAAAGAGUGACUAAAAUAGUCUGUUCAUCUCAUGAUACGGAAUGUAGCAUAAAUGCAACAUCACUACAGGACAAAACAAUAUUGGAGCCAUCUGAAAUAAACAUCUGUGAGAAUCAAAGUGUGGAAGUUGAGGUUUAUUCUCCAAAAUCUGAGCCUUUACAACCUGGAAUGCCUUUAACAGUAAUUGCACCAUCUGAACUUGUAGUUCCUUCUAACUGUUUAGCUCAGAUAGUAGAGAUUAAAAUAGUGAAUGGAGCUCAACAGCUGGUUCUUAAACUAAUUCCUAUGAAAGAAGCAGCUUACAAACCUGUGAACUGUGCUGAAGAGGAACUUGAGUAUCAAGGUAUAGAACGAUCUGUAGAAGGAAAAAAACCAUCUCCUGUGAUUCAAAAUGAGUUACUAACCAUGGAAGUGAAUGUAGACAAGUUAUCCAGUGUUAGUAACCAGCUUAAUUUGGAGAGUACACAUGACAAAAAUUCUGAAUGUCUUUGUUCUUCAGAUUCUCAAUGUUUAGACUACAAUUCUGUAUCUAUACAGAGAGAAGAUGCAUCAAAAUUACACCUUCAUUUGGUAAAAGGUAUUGAUGUGCAUUCAGGUGUUGCAGAGCUUUAUUCUCAGUCUCUGGUGACUAAUAGUACUGAAAAAAAAAGUGAUCUUAAAUCCUCAAAGUGGGAAGUAGAUGGAAAAAAUAACUUACAUUAUGAUUUGUAUUGUUAUGAAAAAGGUGUGGAUAUAUCCCGUCCAAAAUAUGCCACUGUUUCUGAAGAUAAAAGUUCCAAGAAUGUUUCAGUAAAGGCUACUCAGGAGGGCAAAACAUUCUAUUCUGCUGCAGUCCUUAAACAAAAAGAUACAUUGCCUCUAAAGAGGGAUGACAAAGAAUGUAAGAAUCUGGUAGUUAGCUCUGCGGAAACACAUCUAACUGGUAAGGGUUUUGAUAAAAAAUCUGUUACAUGUUCUGAAGCAGAAAAAAACUUUAAUUUCACUAAAACUCCACCUUGGGAGGACAUGACUUUUGGCUUUAGCAAAGUAAAGAAAGCUGAAACCAUAAGUCCAAAAAACAAUAUUCUUCUGGAAUCAUUAGAACUACAGAAAAUGGAAAAUAAGAGCAAUCCUUUUGAGGGACCUGUUAUUUCAUCUGUAUUUUCUCUUAGUUCUGGGGCCGAAAAUGUUCCAGAGGGCAUCAGAUGGGAUAAUACAACAUGCAAUAAGAAGUCAGCAACGUUGCUGUGUAGAAAGAUUGCUCAGCUCAUGUCUGCUGCUGAAUCUAACAUGAAAUCUAUGCCUUUGAGAUGUCAAGCUUCUAGUAAAAAGGUGCAUUUCCCUCAGGAAAAUUCAGCAAGCUGUGAGAGAGUCGUUCCUGCCACUGAAUUGGAACAAGCUAUGUCUUUCCCUCAAGUGCAUGGUGGAAAUAGUGUGAUGAGUAGUGAAGAACACAGUAACGAGCAGCUGCUUACAUUUGCAAGAACAUCUAAAAGCAGGGUAACUAAAAAUUCCAAUGUUGCUACUCCAGUGUUUAUCCCCAAAGGGACAGUGUUGAGAGUGCUUAAUGCUACUAGCAGUCAAAACUCUAAAGGAAUAGAGAAGAGGAGUGAAGUAUCAGCUCCUUCUGUGUAUUGCAAUGAAAUGCUUUUGCCUCGCCCAGUUCCUGUUAGUGUUUCUGAGAAAUUUAGCAGUAAUUUGCCACAUUUGCCUAAUCAGAUUGAACCAAAUGCUCAGUCUCGAAGUCUAUCGCUCAGGCAAAGACCAAGGCGAGAAGCAAGUUUUAAAAAUAGCAAACAAAAUGGUGUACCAUAUCAGAAAAGCAGUGAUGUGAGUAAGCAAAGCAAACCCUAUUCAAAAAGUCAACUAGGACCCAAAAAUAAGGUAAAACAAGCAAGCUUCAGGGAACUUCCUAAGAGGAAAACAAGAACUCAGUCAGAAACCAGUUCAAGUUCUGACAUGUCGUAUCUAUUGACAGCAAGACGUCUUCGGCUUGUCCCUCUGAGAAUGAAUCAGUUGAUCAGAUGCCCUCGUCGCAACCAGCCAGUUGUGGUACUAAACCAUCCUGACGUUGACACGCCAGAGAUAAUUAAUGUAAUGAAGACUAUCAACAAGUAUAAAGGUCACGUCCUGAAAGUAGUUCUAUCGGAAAGGACAAGUAGUUGUCUUGGUGUCAAACGUUAUCGAAAGCGUCUUACUCUUCAAAAUGCUGAGACAGGAAGCCAAGCAAAAAAGCAGAGUAUGCUAAAAAUGAAACUAAAAAAGACCCAUAAAAACAAUUACCAGGUGGUAGAAGCUUCACCAGCUGAAACACUUCAGUGUAUGUUUAAGUGUUGGUUUUGUGGAAGAGUAUAUGUGGACCAAGAAGAAUGGAUAAGUCAUGGACAAAGGCACUUGAUAGAGGCAACUAAGGGUUGGGAUGUUCUUUCUCUUCCAGUAAAAAAUCAUUAAGCAAGA